GGCUUAAGUAAGUAGGUUAUCCGAUCAUCGAACCAGCACAAGAAACUGUCUGGCGAGCGACAGGAGCCCAGAGUGGGGUGGAGGGAGAUGCAGGCGAAUUGCAUUUUGAGGUCUGGGUUGCUGUUUGCCACUCUGUCUCUUGUCAUCGCCAAGCACAAGCAAUCUUCCUCUGCGAAAGGUUGUUACCCAAGGGGCACACUGUCCCAAGCUGUUGACAGACUCUACGUCAAGGCGGCAUGGCUCAAAGCAACAAUUCCAGAAGACCGCAUUAAAAAUAUACGAUUAUUAAAAAAGAAAACAAAAAAGCUAUUUAUGAAAAACUGCAGAUUCCAAGAACAGCUUCUGUCCUUCUUCAUGGACGAUGUUUUUGGUCAACUCCAAUUACAAGUCUGCAAGGAAAGACACUUUGUGGAAGAAUUUCAUAGCCUUAGGCAGCAAUUGAGCCGCUGUAUUUCAUGUGCUUCAUCAGCUAGAGAGAUGAAAACAAUUACCAGGAUGAAAAGAACAUUUUAUGGGAUUGGAAACAAAGGAAUCUACAAAGCUGUCAGUGAACUGGAUAUUCUUCUUUCCUGGAUUAAACAAUUCCUGGAAAGCAUUAAGUAAUGCAAGAAGCCAAGUGCAUGGAUUUGAUUGUUAUUUUGGAAUAUAAUGAGAAC